GAAGUGAAGAAACUCAGACAAGACAUCUGAACCAGAGAGAGGAAGAUAGAGAGGAGGAAAGAGAGCGAGGGAGGAGAGCUCAGAGUAGCAGAUGCAGUAACAGACUCGUACUUUUGAGCAAAAGAGACAAAGAAAGAAAGGUGAAAGGUGUGUCGGAGAGUAACGAGAGAAGUCCCAACACUAUCCCACAGAACCUGAUAACCAAGGGACAGCAGGACCAGGGGCUGUUAAAGGAUAUGGAACAAUUCACACACUCAAACUACAGCUGGAGAGUCUCUGACAUGGAGGGAAUCUGGAUGCACUGAAGAUCUGCUGGUCCUAGAGACACCCCCGCCUCGACACAAUGACCACUCUUCUCUCCUCCCCCCUUUCCACCUCAUCUCCCCUCUCCUCCUCUUCCUUCCCCCUCUCCAAUACCACCCAUCCUCUCUCUACCUCCUCCUCCUUCCUUUUCUCCUCCACCUCCUUCCCCCUCUCCCCCUCUCCAAACCAGACCCUCUGUAAUCUAGAUGACGGUGCACUGCGCCUCCCCCUGGUCUUCCUAUACUCCCUCUUCUUCCUCCUGGGUCUGGUAGGUAACCUGCUGGCCCUGUGGGUCUUCCUCUUCCUCCACUCCAGAAGGAACUCUGUCCGGGUGUUCCUCAUCAACGUGGCUAUAGCUGACCUGGUGCUCCUGGCUUGCCUUCCCUUCAGAGUCCUCUACCAUGCUAAUGGGAACCGCUGGAUCCUCGGCCCCUUGGUCUGUAAAGUGGUGGGCAACCUCUUCUACAUGAACAUGUAUAUUAGUAUCACUCUGUUGGGGUUCAUUAGUCUGGAUAGGUAUGUGAAGCUGAAGGGGCGGGGCGGAGCGGGGAGGGGCCUGGCCAGUAGGCUGAGAGGCGGGGGAUGGAGCUGGGUGGCGUGCGGGGCGCUCUGGGGGCUGUCCCUGGUGGCGGCCGUGCCCAUGAUCGCCAUGUCGGAGGGCAACGAGGAACCUGGGAAGUGUUUCCAGUAUAAGCAGCGGCGUGGGGCGAAGGGGAAGGCUUACUUUAACAUGGCUCUGGUGCUGCUGUUCUGGGGAGUGUUCUGCCUGCUGGUUGUAUCCUAUGGGAAGAUAGCCAUGCGCCUCCUUAAGGUGUCCAGGGAUAAACCGGACCUCCCCAACGCCCACCGCUACGGCUGCACCGCCAGGAAGUCCUUCUUCGUGCUCUUCCUGUUCACCGUCUGCUUCGGGCCCUAUCACGCCUUCCGCCCAGUCUACGUCCUCUCCCAGCUCAGCCAAUCCCCAGCCUGUGAUUACUUGCGCCUGGUGGACAGGACCAAUGAAGUCAUGUUGUUGUUCUCCGCCUUCAAUGCCGUCCUGGACCCUGUGAUGUACUUCCUGUUGUCGGGCUCGGUGCGUAAGGCCGCCGUGAAAGCCCUGGGACAGAGCCUCGGCAACCGGCUCCACUUCCUUAAUGACGGGACCUCCAACAGCUCGGUAACAGAGUUCAGACGGACCUCUCUGUCCGUCAUCUCCCCAAACACCGCCAUUAACCCCUCCCACACGCCCAGGACCAGCCUCUGUCUGAUUAGCCCCACCCUCCGCCCUGGUACAGCCAUAGUGGCAAAGCAGUGACUUUACAGACUUCAUUGUUUUACUUCAUGGGCUUUAACUCUAUUUCCAUUGUAAUGUAUACCAUGUACUAAACAACUGAAGUAGGUGACAAGGGCCAACGUCUAGAACUGGGCUCAGUUACCUAUAAUGGAACGGACCAGAUUUCCUGAAUCAAAGUGAUAUAAAUGCCUGUGUCCGCGCUGUUUGUUAACUAAUAGUCAGUAAUAUGUGACACAAUCGUAUCUGAUAUAACACUGUACAAAGUCAAUCAAUAAAUACAUGUGAGCUUAAA